AUGCCGUUGUUUGAGAAUACCCUUUUGAGAAAUAUGCAGUCCACGUUGAACGAUACCUGGCUGAAACUUUCGUGUCAAAAGCCUGCUGUUUUUGUCUUUGGUGUUACUGUCUUUCUUUCAUGGCAAUUAGUGAACAGGAUCUUUUUUAGCGUCAAGGCCCCGUAUGCCGGCUAUGAAUCAUCGUGGGAGCCGAUAUGGCUGAUAAGCCGUCGAUGCUCACAUGAAGCCCCUCGACUUAUACAGGAAGGAUACCGUCGAUAUCGAGAUGCAAUGUUCAAAAUUGCAAAACGCAACUCCGACCUUUUGGUGAUUCCUAAGAAGUUUGUUGAGGAGUUGAGGAGCCUUCCUGAAGAGCAAAUAUGUGCCAUGGAAGCUCACAUUCGGACCCUUCUCGGGCCCAUUACAGGGACAGAUAUCUUACUCAACGGACAUCUCCAUAACAAAGCCUUACAAACAAGGUUGACCCCCAAUCUUGGAUCUCUCGUCCAGCCGUUGAAAGAUGAGCUUGACUAUGCCAUCAGCGUGGAGCUUCCUAACUGCAAAGACGAGUGGGUUGAAGUACAGAUGCACGGCAUAGUACGCCGACUCGUAGCAAGACUCUCCGCCCGUGCUUUCACUGGACCAGUUGCCUGCAGGGAUGAAGAUUGGGUAAUGACCAAUACUAUGUAUCCGGCGAAUGUUUUUACAACCAUUGGGCCCUUGCGUCUGUUCCCGUCCUUUAUGCGCUCGACCGUUGCGUUGUUCUUGCCUUCUUACUGGCAGCUUCGCUCCAAUUUCGCCACGGCAAACCGCGUAUUGGUUCCCAUUAUCCUGCAAAGACGUCGCGAUGAGGCCUCCGGGGACUUAAAUUACGAGAAACCCAAGGACCUGCUCCAAUGGUUAAUGGACCUUGCCGAGCCGAAUGAAGCCGCACCACACUUGCUUGCUCAUCGCCAAUUGGCAUUGAGUCUCGGGUCGCUGAAUACAACAACCACGGCCGCUGUGCAAACUCUGUACGACAUUUGCGACCAUCCCGAAUAUCUUGAAAGCCUGCGGACGGAGGUUCUCGGUGCUCUGACGGCUGACGGUGGAUGGGACAGGACGACAAUCACCAAGCUGGUUGGUCUUGAUAGCUUCAUGAAAGAAUCGCAACGAGUUAACCCGCCUAGUUACGUGUCCUUCAAUCGAGUUGUCCGCAAGUCUCUUACCCUCUCUGACGGGACACGACUCCCAAAGGGAACACAUUUCGGUAUGGCUUCGUAUUCAAUACUCCAAGACCCUGCCAUCAUUGAGAAUCCACAUGAGUUCGAUGGUUUCCGGUACAAGAGAAUUCGCGAAGACCCCAAGGAAGCCAACAAACAUCAAUUCGCCUCCACGGACUCGAACAACAUCCAUUUCGGCCAUGGCAAGUACGCCUGCCCAGGCCGAUUUUUCGCAUCCCAAAUCGUUAAAAUGAUCAUUGGCCAUUUGAUCUUGAAGUUUGAUUUCAAAUUUCCUGAGGGCCAGGGUCGCCCGCGCAACUUGAGCAUUGAUGAGAACGUGUACCCGGAUCCAUCUGCAAGGCUAAUGAUGCGACGACGUCAAAUGGUUUAUUAG